UGUCAGUUGAAUUAAUAACAAUGGUUGGUCCUUGUAAAACGUGCUGUUUGAAAUUUUAAACUCAUUUUAAUUACAACUAGCCAAGGUUUGUAGCUGUGUAAAAAUGAAAAUAACGAGAUACAAGAAGGUCCAAAAAUAUCUCAAGUUCUACUACAACAACUAUGGCUUCCGACAACCUUACCAAGUGUUGAUCGAUGGCACAUUUUGUUUUGCUGCUUUCAAAGAACAAGUCAACAUCAGGGAUCAACUGCCCAAGUACUUGAACGGGCAGGCCAAGCUUCUCACAACAAGAUGUAUCAUUAUAGAGACAGAAAAAGUUGCCAAGAAAACCCACGGAGCUCUGACCAUCUUGAAGCAGUUCGGCAUACAUGAGUGUGGACACAAGGAACCAAUACCCGGAAACAAAUGCAUAUCAACUAUGAUCAGCAAAGGGAAUGAGAAGCAUUACAUUGUUGCCUCACAGGACAGGGACCUCCAAGAGAGGCUCAGGAAGAAGGCUGGAGUACCCAUCCUCUACUUACACAACAAAUCACCAACACUUGAAAAACCAUCAAAACCCAGCUAUGACAAAGUCAAUCCAACUAUAGAAGCCAAUGCCCCUACCUUUAUUAGUAACACUCAAAAUGAAAUGCUUAAAAAGAUGAAGAAAGCUCUCGGAGUUGAGGAAGAAGAAAAAGAGCAACCUAAAAUUAUGCCUAAAAAGAAGAAACAUAAAAACCCAAAUCCCUUGUCUUGCAAAAAAAAGAAGAAAAAACCAGCUGGUAGAGGUGAUAGACCAAAUGGGCCUAAAGGAGUCAAUGAAAAUGGCAAGAUCAAGAAACAAGAUAGGAAUAAAUCUAAACAUUUCAAGGAUAAACUUGCUAAUGCUGCUGCUGCUACAAAUAGUCAAUAAUCAAGUUAUGUAAUUUUCAAA